CCAAGCACAUGAUACAUGCGCACAAAUCCAGCAAUACACCUUCGCUUCCUGUUAGUGUGCACCCUCGCUGCCUUGCGUGCGCCGGUCGCGCACCCUCCUGUCGUGCGCACCCUCUUCCCUCUUCCAAACCCUCCCCUUGAGACGCAGACUCCCACACCCACCCAAUCCACUCGUCGCCAGAUCUCGGCCUCGGGCAAUCCCACCGCGGCGGCGACAGCAGCAGAAGCCAUGUCCAAAGCACGCGUCUACGCCGACGUCAAUGUCCUCCGCCCUAAGGAGUACUGGGACUACGAGUCCCUCACCGUCCAAUGGGGUGAUCAAGAUGAUUAUGAAGUUGUUCGAAAAGUCGGAAGGGGGAAAUACAGCGAGGUGUUCGAAGGUAUAAAUGUCAAUACCAACGAGCGCUGUAUAAUCAAGAUCCUCAAGCCUGUUAAGAAAAAGAAGAUUAAGAGAGAGAUCAAAAUUCUCCAGAACCUUUGCGGGGGCCCAAAUGUCGUCAAGCUUCUUGACAUUGUUCGAGAUCAGCACUCGAAAACCCCAAGCCUGAUUUUUGAGUUUGUGAACAGUACAGAUUUCAAAGUUUUGUACCCCACACUGACUGAUUAUGACAUACGCUACUACAUAUAUGAGCUUCUCAAGGCGUUAGAUUACUGCCAUUCACAAGGAAUAAUGCAUAGGGAUGUCAAGCCUCACAAUGUUAUGAUAGACCAUGAAUUGCGCAAACUUCGCUUGAUAGACUGGGGUCUUGCUGAAUUUUACCACCCUGGCAAGGAAUACAAUGUCCGCGUAGCAUCCAGAUACUUUAAGGGCCCUGAACUUCUAGUUGACCUGCAAGAUUAUGACUAUUCUUUGGACAUGUGGAGCCUUGGCUGUAUGUUUGCGGGAAUGAUAUUUCGCAAGGAACCUUUCUUUUAUGGUCAUGACAACCAUGACCAGCUGGUCAAAAUUGCCAAGGUGCUUGGGACUGAUGAGCUGAAUGCAUAUCUGAGCAAGUAUCAUUUAGAGCUUGAUCCUCAACUUGAUGCUCUGGUUGGGAGGCACAGCAGAAAGCCCUGGUCUAAGUUUAUUAAUGCAGAUAAUCAACAUCUAGUUUCUCCAGAGGCCAUGGAUUUUCUGGAUAAACUUCUUCGGUAUGAUCAUCAAGACAGACUAACUGCAAAAGAGGCAAUGGGCCAUCCAUAUUUCUCGCAAGUGAGGGCAGCAGAAAGCAGCAGGAUGCGGACGUAAUUGCUUGAUUAGUCCGAUUACAUAGACUAGAGGUCCAUUGCUAUUUGGAAUUGGGAGUGUGUUAUUUAUCUGAAAAUCAUCACUGUGGUUUGCCAUUGUCAAUUGUUGUAUGUUUAAAAUUGAUUGUAUGUUUUCAUGGUCAUUUAAACGAGUUUUCUUUAAAUAUUUCUGCUUAGUUUGUAUAAACCAAAUUAAACCAAUGCAUACCCUCAUUCGCCAAGCAA